AUGGAAGGAGUCAUGAACGACAGCAUGCAACACGAUGCUAAGGAAUUGGAACCUUCAAACACUACAAAACAACGUUUUACAAAAUCUAAGGAUUUGCUUAACAUAAGUGAAGAUGAUGGAAUUGCAGAUCGACUGUUGGUGAAUAAAAGAAGUAAAGCAUCUAAAUUGGCUGGACCAAGGAAAACAUUUAAACCUCCUGCAAGCUCAGUUUUAUCUGAAGUUAAAAGUUUUUUGCCAAAGAUGGCCAAAGCAAAUGAGGACCUGACUGCUCUGCUGACGAAGGUGCCAGCCAGUAUGGUGGACAUAGAGAAUGUGUCAGAUGAUACACCAAAUGUGAUAGAGAUGAAUAUUUCAUUAGUACCAGACAUGGGGAGUGAUUCUAAUAACUCAGACUGUGAUUCAGAAUCAUCGGACAUUGACUUUGGUGAAGUGACAGAGGAAAACUUCAAAAUUGUCAAAACAAAUGGCCAGGUGCGAAAUGGAAUUGUGGAAUUAAACCCGUCAUCAGAUGAAGAUGAAGAUAAAAAUGAAAAGACCUGAAUGUGACGGGCGAUGAAGUUACAUACAAGAAAUUUAUAAUAUGAUGAACUUACAUAUAAUUGAUGAAGGGACCAUACUUAGGACAUGCUGCAAUAGGACUUUUUGUGUCUGUUAAGACCAGGGUAUCCUAUAACACUAGUCCUAAAUAAACAUCCUGGUGAUACACUACACUGGCUGUAGUUGUUGUCCACAUGAUGAUGGGAUUUGUUCUGUGAAGACCCACUGGAUACUUGACAUUACACACGUUCCUUACUGACCUCUGUAGAAUAUUUAUCAGCAGAAACCUCAGUCCAAGGUUAUUCCUUGUAUCUGUAUAUCUGACAAGGAAAUCACUUGGGAGAUUGGAAACACAAGUUGGCAUUAAGUAUUGUUUUGUAGUGGUCUCAUUUAUUUUGUUUAUUUACUUAACAAACAUAGAUCUAGCUAUAUGUUAUACCUGGUAUGAUCUGAGUAUGUUAAUAGAUCUUAGCUUGAUUCCUGUUUCGUUAUAGAGACAAAUUUAAUAGAAUAUCAAUUGAAAUCAUUUUGUUGGGAAAUUUCUUUAUGUUUCUAAGCUUCAAA